AUGUCUGCGUGUGAGCUCCUCGCGCUGUUUGACCUGCGAUGCCAGCGCGAGCGAAACGUCGCCUCCACGAGCACGGGGUCGUUAGAUAGCGUGAUGGCCGGCCUAGGCGAGGCCGCCUGCGCAGAGGUGGACUCGGACACGGAGGCCGUGGCGGGCAAAGGCUUUAAACUGGGCUGCAUCUCCUGCAAGAGGCGGAGCGAGGUGCCCGGAUCAGCCACGGUGGAGUGGUACUUCAGGCCUAAAGGGGAGUCCGACUUUGUUCCCAUCUACACCUACAAAGAGGGCGGGCCCAACAUCGAGCACGACCUGUUCAUGGACCGCAUCAGCUGGCUGGGCAGCAAGCAGAGCAACGACAUCCAGGACGCCUCCAUCUACCUGCUGAACGUCACCUUCAACGACUCGGGCACCUACCGCUGCUUCUUCAACCGCAUCCUGUCCUACGAAAACUACGAGUACAACAUCAUCGUGGACAAGGUGGUCCACCUCACCGUGGUGGCCAAAGCCACCAGGGGAACCGCCUCCAUCGUGUCGGAGGUCAUGAUGUACGUGUCCAUCAUCGGCCUGCAGGUCUGGCUCCUCAUCGAGAUGAUCUACUGCUACAGGAAGAUUGCGGCGGCCGGCGAGGAGGCGCUUCGAGAGGCGGCAAAUGCUGAAUACUUAGCGAUCGCCUCCGAGAGUAAAGACAACUGUGCAGGUGUGCAGGUCGGAGAAUAA